AUGAAACGAGCAGCAGCGCAGCAGCAGCAGGGGGCCUCCCAGGGCCCCAGAAACACCAGAGGGGCCUAUUCUGGAGAGUCUCGACCCUCCGAAGGCUUCAAAAUCGACAGAGGCCAGCAGUAUCUCAUGCGUUCUGGCUUCGCCCCCUCUACUGCCCCCAUAGGCUCCACUGUUUCCGGCCACCCCGAAGGGGAGUUUGAAAGCUUCCUGGAGGGCGUGGGGGAGGAUUUGGUGGGGCUGAGUGUGGAGGGUUUUCGGCCUGUGGGGCUGGAUGCCCUUUGGGGGCGUUCUGUGGCUUUGCUGUUUUCCGCGGGAACUCAUCCCAAGUGUUCUUCUUUUAUUCCUUUUCUCGCGCAAUUUUACAAGAACGUGAACGAGGCUGGGGAUCGGCCAAAAGUGGAAAUAAUUUAUGUCAGUUUGGACGAAAGCGAAGCAGCUUUUGAAAGCAGCAGGCAGCAAAUGCCGUGGCUCUCGCUGCAGUUCAACUCCCCCACUCGACAGAAGCUCAUCAAGAGAUACAGAAUCUACGUUGACCCCAGAG